AUGUCAGGCGGUUCAUUGACAUCAAUGGAGAAGGUCAACAAUGCGAGAGACUCAAAUUCUAACAACUCAAGAAAGCGUGAAAAUUCAAAUCGUAAUAACUCAGGAUCAUCAUCAUCAUCAACAUCUCAACAGCAAACAUCAAGUCGAGAACGAAAUUCAAAUGUUAGUGUCGCACCAAAUGCAGCUGAUAUGUUGAAUAGUCUUUUCACGAGUGCCACAAAAGGAUCAUCAGGAUUAACAAACGUAACCGCAGCAAAUUUACUUCAUUCGAAUUUAAGUUCAUAUUUUUCAUCACCACCAUCAUCAACUUCAAAUACUUCGACUAAGAUGAACAAUAAUAGUUCAUCUGGUGGUGGAAUAACAAGCGCAAUGGAUUAUUCAUCACUUUUCUCUCACAUGACACCAUCAAAACUUCAAGAAAUGUCGUCGUUGUUCUCAUCGCAAUCGAGAUAUCUUGGAAUUCCUGAUCCAUUAGCGAAGACAACGUUAGCAGCUAACAAUGCAUACUUAUCUCCAUCAUUAAUGAAACUUCAGCAAGAAGCACUCAAUACUCGACUUAUGAAGCCGCCUAAAUCAUCAUCAAGUUCAUCAUCAAGUAAAGUUGAGACGCCACCACCAACAGUGGGAGUUGUCUUGUCCCCAACAUCUGAUAAACGUUCAACACCGACGAAAUCACUUCGAGAUAGCCCAGCAGCUGUUGCCUCAACAAUGCCGAAGUAUAAUUUUAGUGCAGCUGAUUUAGCGAUUUCAAGCCACGUUUUAUCAGCAUCAUCAACACCAACUGAUUUCUCAAGGAAAUCAACGCCGACACCGCCAGUGGAUCUUGCAAUGAAAGAUCGUUCGGUUCCACCGAAGAAGCGAAUGGAAUUCUCUUCAAUAGCUGAACUUGUCGCGCCUUCACCAUCGAAACGUCAGAAAUAUAGCGAUGAUGAUGAAAUUGAUGACGAACCAGCUGUCUUAAAUCUUUCAAACAAUUAA